AUGAAUCUGUGGCUUCUUACCCUCUGGGUUACUUUGGUGACCGCCUGGGUCGACAACCAAGGCACAACAUGCGUUUUGUACCCGGAAUCUCUGGCUCAUCCCGGGCAGGUGGUUGAUGAUUCUCCCUCUAUUCAACAAGCGUUUGAUCUAUGCGGUACCAACGGGACGGUUAUUUUUUCCGAGAAUGUUUUCCAUGUCAACACGGUCCUCAACACAACCAAUCUGCUGAAUUGUGAUGUUCGUCUUCGUGGCGAGUUACGCUUCUCUACCAACAUUCCAUACUGGAGAACCCACGCGAUCAGCGUUGUUCUGCAGGAUCAAGUCACUGCUUGGUUGUUCGGUGGACACAAUGUGAGCUUCUAUGGCGAGGGCGGCUUCUACAACGGCCAGGGCCAAGCUUGGUACAAUGCGAACCGGAAUGAAUCGAACCAGGCCGGGCGGCCGAUGAGUAUGACGAUCUACAACUCGACCAACCUCCUGGUCGAUGGACUGCGGGUGAUCCAACCGCAGUUCUGGGCUACAUUUGUGUGGGCGAGCAAGAAUGUGUCCUUUACGAACUUGUUUGUGAACGCUACCAGCGACAGCGAAUGGGGCACAAUGAACACCGAUGGGUUUGAUUCCUGGCAGAGUGACAGCUUGCUAGUGGAGAAUGCCACUAUUAUCACCGGCGAUGAUUGUAUCGCGGCCAAAGGCAACACAACCAACUUACUGGCCAAGAACAUCUAUUGCGAGGGUGGCACCGGCAUUACGAUUGGGUCCAUCGGCCAAUACCCGGACAUGCCCGACUACAAUCUCAACACCACGUUUGAGAAUGUGACAAUCAAAAAUGCCAUGGAUGGCGCCUACAUCAAGACCUGGCAAGGCACACGCAUCUUCACCCCCAGCAACGGCGACUGGGGUGGCGGUGGAACCGGUCUGGUCAAAAAUGUCACUUUCCGCAACUUUGAAAUGGACAAUGUAGGGCUUCCGAUCCAGGUCUCCCAGUGUGUUUACUCCGCGGGAUCCAACAAGAGCUGCAAUACGUCGACGUUGCAGAUUGAAGACGUGAAAUGGGAAAACAUCCGUGGCACGUCGCGGUUCAACAUCGCUUCGUCGAUCUACUGUUCGGAUGAGCGCCCAUGCCCCAACUUGACCUUUGAGAAUGUGAACAUCACCAGCCUGAAUGCCACCCGGGGCCAGGCUUACUAUGGCACGGAUAUUCAGUACGAGCUGUUCCAGUGCACGAAUGUCGUCGGUCAAAACACCUCCGGCAUUCCUUGCAACCAAGCGGCUCCCAGCAACUUCAGCCAGUGGAUCUAUGGAAAUGUUGAUAGUUCGGGCCUGGCAACCGCGCUUUCAGGCCAUGCUGGGAAUUAA